AUGUUGACCAUAAAUGACCGAAUAUCGCUCGACAAUGCCCUUGGAACUGUCCGUUUUAUAGGGUAUCUUGACGUUUGGGGCUCCGGAACUGUCGCAUACGGAGUGGAAUGGGACGAUCCGCAUCGAGGUAAGAACAGUGGGAGCCAUAAUGGCGUUCAGUACUUUCAGACUCGUGUGGAGGGUGCUGGGCUGUUUCUCAAGGCUUCCAAUAAGAAAAUAGUUACUGGUGUCUCGCUCAUGGAUGCCAUUCUCCGGAGAUACGCAGGGGAAGAGAAUGAACUAGCACUCAACGAGAAGAUUCAAAUUGGAUCCAAAACCGUGGAGAGCUAUGGAUUUCAGAAACUCAAUGCCUUGCUGCGAGAUAUCACGGCGUUGAAAACUAUCAUGUUGGACCGCCAGAACGUGCUGCAUGCUGGAAACUUGGGGAUGUUCCCCAAUACAGAGACUCUCGACUUGAGUUUCAAUCUUUUGGCCAGAUGGUCUGAGCUCGAGACCAUCUUGCAGUACUUUCCCAAGUUGAAGUCGUUGAACUUGAACGGAAACAGGUUCUCGGGGCCUCUAACUUUCCAGUUGCCGUCUCUGUUAUCUGAGAUUCUACUCGCAGCAUCAAAGGUGACAGUAGAUCAGAUAAACAUGUUGAACAUAUCAAAUUUGGAAAAACUCAUUCUCGCAAGCAAUGAUUGGACGCUGGGGGAUAUUGAGAGGUUGCUGCUACCACCUUCUGUGGUAUUCCUCGACAUCUCAUUCAACCAAGUUUCGAGCAUUCCACACUCGAUCCAACUUAGCAAUGUCCGUCACUUGAACAUGGGAGACAACAUCAUUAGUACGGUAUCGGUUAAAGAUAUAUUGCCCAACGUUGUCACUUUGGAUUUGCGGUAUAAUCGCAUAAUUUCCUGGGAAUCCAUAGACAAGUUAUCCCAAGUCUUUCCAAACAUGAAAGACCUCCGAAUUGAUAAUUGCCCCCUUUUUGCUAAUUUAUCAAUAGAAGAAAUGACAGUGGAGAUUAUAGCACGACUUGAGUGUGGAGAAGGCAAAUUGACCCAACUCAAUGGCAGUAUGCUUUCAGCAGAGGAAAUCAGAAACGCAGAGCUCUACUUCAUUUCAAAAGUUCGCCUGGGAGCCAUCUCUUUCACCAACGAGAGGCGGAUGAGGCAAUUGCUUGAAAAGUAUAAAAUCAGCAGCACGCCACAAGCAGCAACCGAAGAUUCUCGCAAAAUUUCUUUACAAAUCCAAUGUGAAAACGGAAUAUUCUUCACUCGAGACUUCUUGAAAAGCAACUCCGUUCUUCGGCUCAAAGGUGUCAUUUCUAAGAAGAUAGCCGUGUCACUGCUCAGGCUAAAACUCUACUUUUAUCUCCAUGGAAUAGAACUGGACGACACAAGGCAAUAUCUCAGCGACGAUAUCGCCAGUCUACAGAGCUACGUGCUUUCAGCUAAUCAGAAGGUGUAUGUUUCAUUAAGCGCAAGCUAG